AAAUAAUUGGUUCUCACUUUUGUAUUGAAUUUCGUGGUGAGUGCUCGUCCGCACAACGGUUACGCGUAAAUUUUUUCGAAAGUCUUUGAAAUUUGUGCCGAUAAAUGGUUUAAAAAAAUAAAAUAAAAUUCCAAUUGUGCAAAAAGUGCAAGUAAAAUCAAAUUUUUUUUGAAAAUAGUUUUCACCGUAAAUUUGCAUGGCAAAUUGCAGUUCAAUAUCAAUAAUAAUCAAAUUGGUGAAUGAGUGAGUGAAUUUAUAUGAAUGCGAAUGGGAAGUGAAAUAGUGGAAAGAGAAGAAAAAUAUUAAUAAGAAGAAGCAUAUUGUAGCAACAAAUAUAAAGUGUGAGAUUACGAAGAGAAGAAAUUUAGAUUCAUUUGCGAAAGUGAAUGAAAUUAUAUUUGAGUUAAUUGAACAUGUCAAAAGUGUGAAAAUUUAUAAAAAUUAGUGCAGCAUUAAAAUACCAAUGUCUACUACAAAAAUAAAUAAAUUCAAUAGCUGAUAAUACAAGUUUGCGUGAAUAUGUCGUUGAAAAUAUUUACAUUUGUACGAAAAUAUAACAUGCACAUAUUGAGGUCAUACAUAGCAAAGUGGUGUUGAAAUCGAAGUGUGCGCUAAAGGGGAAAGUAUUUUCGUGCAUGCGUGCGUAUGUAUCUCUGCAAUACCCACAGUGCAUGUAUCGCUUGUUGACCAGCAAACGAAAAAAAUAAAAACAUAAACAGCUGCUGCGCUGGUCAUUAGAGCAGAACACUUGCAAAAGCCCAUAGGGCUCACACCGCUCGCUAUUGGAUCGUCCUUGUGCAAGCAUAAUUAAGUAUUACUCGUGCUCCCCGCUGCGGACAGGUGGUGUACCUACCGAAAUAUUAAUUAUUCAUUUAUUUCAGUUGUUUGAUAACAGGCGUGCAUAAUUAAUGAUUUCUCGUUAAAAAUACAUAGAAAAUAUGAAAGUGAAAUUUUAAUAGACACAAAGUGUCAAAUAUUGAAAGUAAAAAUUUCUUAUCAACAUCACAGUGUGUAGUGAAAAAGCGGUGUACCAGCCCUUACAAAUACAAAUUGAAAGUAAUAAAUAAAACUAAACAAAUUAACUAAGGGUUGCACCAUUAAGUAUAACGGUAAUUUGUGUAUACAAUUAUACAAGAAAAAAGCGUAAACGAAAACGCGAAAGAUUAAUCAUUCCAAGAUACAAAAAUAUACAACAAAACAAUUAGAAUUGAGGUGCAUCGGUGAGCUUAUGGCAGAGUGUCUGCUGUGCUAAAGUCAAAAGCGUAAAAGCGUAAAAUCCAAAGAGCAUAGCAGCAGUGGAAAACAAACAGUGUGAGUAGCAGGAGCAGGCAGUCAUCACAGCCGCAACAUUUUUUAGGUGUGUGUGCUCCACUCACCUACUUUCGCGCGUGUUGCUGCUUUUGUCCAUAGUAGUAGUAGUUGUGGUGGUGCCUCCCCCAACACCCAACAUUGAAUUGCUGCUAUCAACCCAAUAGCUACAGCAGCGUUGUUGUCGCGUGUUUCGUGGCUCUCCUCUUUGCCAAUCGUCACAUUUAUGAGUUCGGCUCUCGCGUUACGUAUCGUUAACUCUCGCUACUAUCGGUAUAUCGUCUUCUUCUUCGGUGGCAAAGUAAACCAACAGAAAAAAAUAUUUAAUUAAAUCAAAUAAAGUGAAGCUAAAUCGUUUGUGCUAGUCAACAUCGUUUUUCAUUGUAAAUAAUAAAUAAAUAAAUUUCCUGAGCAAUUAACACGAGCAUUGAGUUGCUUGAAAUUAAUCAUAAACGGUGCCAAUUCAUUGAAAUAUUCAAAUAAUUGCUUGCUUCGUGCGCUAAAGCUCGGCGUGCGUGUAUGUGUGUGAAAAAGUGCGAGAAAUAUUGUCGCCUUUUAAUGCCCUGCAAUCGAAAAUUUUUUAUUGAUCGCCGUUAACAAAGAUGUGUGUGAGUGUAUUUAUAGUGAGCUAGUGCGUUCAUUUGGUAAAAUCGUGUAAAUCUCCUAGCGCUUUGUUAGCGUUGUGUCGUGCAUCAACACGCAGCAGCAGUUCAUUUGCGAUGCCAUUGUUGUUGGAAUAUGAAGCGCUUGACUUUUGAUUCACAACAACUAUUGCAUAAACAGAAAACAUUGUGUGUAGUUCUCAUACUCAAGUGUAAUUUGUGCAUUUAGAAUGGCUGCCGCUAGUGCUGGCCAGCAAUUGCACCAGCAGCAGCAACAACAACAGCAACAGCUGAAUCAUUCACAUCAUCAGCAACAACAACAACAACAAGACAUAGAUGCAAUUGGAUUGCGGCAAUCAUUUCAGCAAUCAAUGAAACAACAACAGCAGCAGCAACAGCAUGCACUGACAUUGCAACAACAGACGGUGAUGCAGCUGCCACAGCAGCAACAGCAACAACCGAUGCAACAGCAUAUACAAUUGCAAUUGCAACACUUAAAUAAUGGACAACAGCAAAUGCUGCAGCACCAUCAGCAACAGCAACAACUGCAAUUACAGCAGCAUGCACAUCAGCAGCAGCAGCAGCAGCAACAAUUGCGUGCUGCCAAAUUCACCACGCGUGUCGCUUCCAACUCGCCACUGUUCACGCAGCAACACCUGCAGGAACAACAACAACAAUUGCAGCAGCAACAGCAACAGCACCAACAACAUUUACAGCUGUCGCGGCAGCAGCAACAACAAAAUCAGCAACACACGCUGUCGCAAACGAUGUCCACUGGAUUGGUAAAUGGCGGUGGCACCAUAUUUGCUGCAAGCAAUGGUGCAACACGCAGUCAGCCAAUGAAUAUUUAUCAGCAAACACAACAAAAUAAUGUAGCAAUGCAGCAGCAACAGCAACCGCAACAACGCUUGCAACAGCAUCAAACACAACAGCAGUCACUAAAAGUGAAUAAUAAUAUUGUGGCAGCGCCACCUACAAUUGCGUCACGUCAACAUAUUACCAUAAGCAAUUCGCCUUCCACUCAUAAUGUGAGUGUUGGUGCUGCAUCUGCUGCCACUACGGCAACAACUACAAACUCCACCGUAGGGCAGCCAAGUGCUGUCAGUGCUACUAAUGCUAAUUUGGCACCAGGUUGGCGUAGACAGGCCAACAACGAUGAAAUCAUCUAUAUAAGCCCAACCGGUGCAACAUUGCGUACACAGUACGAAAUAAAGGAUUAUUUAUUGUCACCGGGUACCUGUAAGUGUGGUCUACCAUGUCCAUUACGGCCGGAGUAUUUCUUCGAUUUCAAUGCUCAGGUAAGCACGCACUCACAUUUACAUACAUACUUUAGCCAAUUAUUUAUUAUACGCCAUUCAUGUGCUGUGUCUUUGACGGAUAAUUGUACAGGUAUUUAUAGACAAUUAAUUGCAAUUAUUUUUGGAAGUGUGAAUCGCUGUUAAUUGCUUAGCAUUUAGUCAGUUAUUGCUGAGUUUAUUAUGAAAUGUGUGUAGAGAAAAUCUGAUGCCAUAAUGAAGGCUAACUGAAUUGGCUUCAAUUUGAGAGAGAAAUAUAAACAAGGUUCAUGCAUGUCUGUCAUUUUAUAUAAAGGGUUAUGCAAUAGGGUCGCACAAUCUUUAAUGAGCGCGAAAUGAUUACUGAGUGCUGAAAUUUCUUGAUAUUAGCAAAAUAAUAUUAUUGUAUUAAGCUUUCGUAAGAGAAAUUUUUUAAUGAACAUUUGUAGACAGCUGGUAGCUCUACAAGAAAUUAGUUUUAAAUUAUAGCCCCAAAUAAAACUUUGUUACAUGCCCUAUAUUUGCUGCAUAUAUAUUUUUUAAUAUUUUGUUAAAGUAAAAUUUCUAAAAAGGUGGCAACACCAAUUAAAUUAUAUUUUAAUAAGAACAUUCUAGCUCCUUAUGCUGCCACAAGUUUAUUUUAUAAGUUCUGCUGUUUUAAUUUUUUCUAUGGGUGGCAACGCCAUGCAAAAUUUAACUUUCAAAUAAUAUUUUCUUUGUAAAUAAUGUUGUGUUACAUUUCGUAUAUUUGUCACACAUUUUUCAAUAUUUUCUUAAAAUAGCAUUUAACGGAAAGUGGCAACGCUACAUUAAAAUAUACAAGAAAUUUAAACGUCUCAA